AUGUCCAUCACAUCGUUCGAAGGUCCCUUUCCGACCGACUUCUCCGUCCCGGACGGUUGCUCCCACAUUACCGGCAACUCGAUUUUCGGCUUCGACUUUGCAUCGUCAUGCUUGCCUGACGACUUCAAUCCCGACCCUCAGGCAUACUACUCGCCGGGCACUGGCUGCCCGAGUGGCUACACGGCACAUGAAGACUGCACGCGGUCCAGCGGGGGAACAACAACAGUGACGUGCUGCCCGUCUCGCGGCGACAUCGAGCUAUGGUGUGUAUCCGAGCCAGGCUCCCUUGUUGGACCGUGGGAGUCUAUGCAGUGUACCUGGAGCGCGGGCGACCAACAGACCGUACUGCUGGUAACGACCGAUGACGACGCAACAGUGGCCGUCACAAUGACGGGGGCCGAUGGGAUCAACGCCUACGGGUUGAGAAUGGUGUAUGAGCCUAGUGAUCUGGAGGGAACGACGGCAACAACGACAGAAGCCAGCUCGACUGAGCAGCGCAGUCCUUCUACACCACAACCGACGGAUGGGGAUAAUGACGGAGCAGAUGCCAACAGUGAUGAGAGCUCUGACAAGGGCUCGAGCAACACUGUCACCAUCGCAGUGGCAGUUGUCGUACCUGUGGUUCUCAUUGCAUUGGGCAUCGCCUUCUUCCUGUGGUAUCGGAGGCGCAAGUCGGUACAGAACGUCGAGUUACCUGCUGGCGAUUCGGGGCCUGACAUGGGUCAGCAAUGGCCGUAUCACCCUGGAAACAGUGCCGGACCCCAAUAUGCCGCGGAUGGGGGCUUCAGCACCAGCCCAAGUCAACAUGAACCAACUGCUUACGCCACGUCCAACCACCACGUUUACCAACCGAAUGAGUUGACAGGCGACAAUGGGCAUUCUCCUUCUCAGAUUCAGCCUGGCUGGUCCCAGCAAGAACAACCACCUAGGGUGUACGAGAUGAUGGCUGCUCCGCCGGCUAGCGAGCUUCAAGGCGAUGAACCGCGAGGCUCAUCUGAAGCAAAAAAGACAUAUGGCACGGCUGUGUCGGUGCGAAGUGUCCCAGGGGAGGGUACUUUCGGUCCUUACGGUGACAAUAUCCCGCACGAGGAGUCGCAGGCGUAUCCGAACCAUGGAUGA